CUUUCUUCAAAUCCUCUAUUUUUCUCCUUAAAUUUCUCUCUCAUCAUUCGUAAAAAUGAUAAAAUCCCUUUUCCCCCAACUGCUCCCUUUUUCACUUUUAUGGCUUUCCAGUAUAUUUUAUAAAAGGAAGUUUGAGUGAUACACGCAGUCACACACUAGAUAUAGGACCAUACACGUAUGCUUUUGUUUGGUUUGUAUAAAUUAGCCAGAAUAUAUACAACGGGAACUGAAUAUUUGUAGUCCUUCCCUCGUCUGCAGUUUCGGAGGAUUUUGUCUUUUUUUUUUAAGUUUCUCUCCGAAGCUGCCGAAGUUACAAAGUUUGAAUUUUGGAACCGGGGUGGAUGUUAGCUAGUAGAAUUAUGGAUUGUCAAGCUGCAAUUUUGAUGGGUUUAAUGGUACUAAUGUUGGGUUGGGUUUCGGAUAUGCAGAGUUGUGAAGCUUUUGGGACCUUCGGGUUUGAUAUCCAUCACAGAUAUUCUGAUUCCGUCAGAGGUUUUCUGGACCUUAAUGACGACUUGCCGGAAAAAGGGUCCGUCGACUACUUUGCCACCAUGGCACGCCGUGAUCACCUCAUUCGGGGCCGCCAUCUUGCUGACACCACCGCCCCUAUCAUUUUUGCUGACGGAAAUGACACCCUCCGGAUUAAUUCUCUUGGAUUCUUGUAUUAUGCAAAUGUCUCUGUUGGGACGCCAGACUUGUGGUUUUUGGUGGCCCUGGACACUGGAAGUGACUUGUUUUGGCUGCCUUGUGAUUGUCGCAGUUGUGUGCGAGGCUUGAUUACAAGUUCAGGGCGGCAAAUAGAUCUCAAUAUGUACAGCCCUAACACAUCCUCGACUAGCAUGGUUGUUCCCUGCAACAAUACCAUCUGCAAUGCACGCCGAGCAAGGGCAUGUUCAGUUGGACGCAAUGCUUGUGAGUAUCAAAUUCAAUACCUUUCAAAUGGAACUUCAUCCACUGGGGUGUUAGUGGAGGAUGUUUUACACAUGGCUGCUGAUGAUGGCCCAGGAAAAGUUGUUGAAGCACCUAUUACGUUCGGCUGUGGGAUAAUACAAACUGGUGGAUUUUUGGAUGGUGCUGCUCCUAAUGGUUUAUUGGGGCUGGGUUUGGAUAAAAUAUCAGUUCCCACUACGUUAGCUACAAAAGGGCUCGCGGCGAAUUCUUUUUCAAUGUGUUUUGGUCAGGAUGGGAUUGGCAGAAUUGUUUUCGGAGACCAAGGAAGUUCAGAUCAAGGAGAAACACCUAUUAAUCUCUAUGAACCACACCCAACUUACAACGUCAGCAUAACACAGAUUACCGUGGCUGAGAAUAUCACAAAUGUUGAUUUUGAUGCUAUUUUUGAUUCUGGUACAUCAUUUACUUAUGUGAAUGACCCAGCUUACACAAUCAUAACUCAAAAUUUCAAUUCUCGAGUGCAACUACCGCGUUAUCAAUCUGAUUCCCAACUUCCAUUCGAGUAUUGCUAUACACAAAGUCCAACUGAAACAGGUUCACCAUUGCUUAAUUUGACUAUGAAAGGCGGGGAUAAGAUUUUGGUUACCAAUCCAAUUGAAAGAUUGGCUCUAAAGGGAGGAGGAUCUAUAUACUGUCUUGCAAUUAUCAAAAGUGGUGAUGUCAACAUUAUUGGUCAAAACUUUAUGUCUGGUUAUCGCAUUGUUUUCAACCGAGAGAGAAUGGUUUUGGGAUGGAAACCAUCUGACUGCAAUGAUGCUGUGCAACUCAAUCCCGCAUCAAGUCCAUUCCCAAUAAACCAACAGAAUUCAUCUGGAGCUCCUUCACCUUCUGCUGUAGUCCCAGAAGCCACAUCAGGAAGGACAAGUGGUUCUGGGGGAUCAUCUUCAGUCCCACCACAAUCUCGUGAGGGGAGCUUUGCUCCAGAUUCAAGUUCCUUUGCUCGGAAGCUCCUGAUCUUCCUGCUUUCACUCGGCAGCUAUUAUUUGUUCAUUCUUUAGUAGUCGCUUAGACAAUUUUGUUUACAAAAAAUUGAACUACGUUAUACAGUAGCAGUAGGUUGCCACGAUUGGGUUGAGUUUUACACGGUGAUGUGCUAUUUUUGAGUUUAUAAGGCAAUUUCAUGUUGCUCUGAAUUAUUUGUAGAUAUCUAGUUUUCCUAUUGGAUUACACAUCUUUUUUGUAUUGCUUACAUCAUUGAUCAUGCUAUAGAGUAAUAAAAUUAUAGAUUAACUGGCUACCAGUUCCAAUUACCAUUGUCAGUCACUGCUUAUAUUUUCCUCCUUUUCUUUCCCCAAAAUAAAACACAACAGAGCUUCAACCAAUC